GCCUGGGAACCUCCAUAUUGCCGGGGGUGCGGCCCUAGAAAGACAAAAACAAACCCACAACUCUCCAGAAACAGCUCCAAGAAGGUACAUAAAAUGUACUUAGGAACCACACUGUUUUAAGGGGAAAGUGUCUAACAAUAAAUAGGGCACUAUUGCAGAUAAUUAGGGUAUUGCUGUGAAAAAAAGGCUGGCAUUGAACACGGAUUACAUUUAUCAUCAGCAGAUAGACACCUGAUAAACAGAAUGUAUGCUUGUUAAAUAGUGCACAGGUGCCAACUCAGGCUUGUGUCUUGGUGACUUGGAGGUUUCUGCUCUCUUCCCCACCCUGUCCCAUCCUUGGCUUGUGGAAGGUCCCAGUACAACCUAGGUUCCCAGCGAUCAUAGCUGCUGCAGUGAAAAUGCCUGACCUUUAACCUGGGAACUCCACCCCCCGCCCUUUUUUUUUUGCUCUUUAGGGUCGCACCCGUGGCAUCAAAGUUCCCAGGCUAGGGGUCAAAUUGGAGCUACAGCAUACACCACAGCAACAGCGGCCACUGCAACCUGAGAUCCUAGCAGAGUCUGCAGCCUACACUACAGCUCAUGGCAAGGCCAGAUCCCCAACCCAUUGAGCAAGGCCAAAGAUGGAUCCUGCAUCCUUAUGGAUACUAGUUGGCUUCGUAACCUGCUGAACCAGAACAGGAACUCCCAUAUUUCUUACUUUAAAAGUACAUGUACUUACAAUUGUACUGUUCAGCCAAUAACAAAUAUACUUGCCAGUAACAGCACAAUGGAGGUGGGUGGGAUAAAGCUGUAUUGGGCUAAGGAGAUGACCCCAAAAAGUAACUCGAAUCUAAUAAAUGCCAUACAUAAUAUUAAUAAAUGGCAUAAAUAAUAAAUAUUUUUCCAACCUCAUCGAAUUUUGCACUUGAAAUCAGUGAAUGUCAUUGCACCUUUCUACCUUUGGGGCCACGGCAGCUAAGGGAGACCAGACACUCGCCACGGUCCCCGCGCCUACAGGACGUGGCGGGACUCCCCAACUCCCAAGCCCUGCCCGCGCCGCUUUCCGCGAGCUCGGGGAGCCUCCCGGAGGCCACCCCUCACGUAGACGCUCUAUUCCUCCGCCUGGUGUGAGGGCAGGGAGCCGUCGAAAUUCGACACCGGAAGUUCCCGCCAAGCUGAUGCGGGGCCCCUCCCCUGGGCUAUCAUUGGCUAUGUCCGUUCCUCUGCGCUCAUGGGAAGUGUAGUCUUUGAGCGCCCGCACGGGGUCAGAGGUGACGAGAGCUCUGCGUUGCGGGAGUCUAAGGGGCACCGCGGGUGGGACUUCCGGCGUUGCCCUGCGGUUCCGGUUUGGCCCCCGCUGGCUGUCGGUGCGAGCGUUUUGAGGGCAGCGUUGGCACCAGAGACCAACCCGGCGGAGGGAAGCGCAGCGACCCUCUCAGCACCUUUGCUCGCUCCCUGACCCGGGACAUAAACCCCUCUUUCUGAGACUGGCUGUGCCACCCUGAGAACCUCUUGACUUAGCUCCUAGGCUUUGGGAGUGUUUUCCUUGUCGGCUUUGGGCUCCUGCUGGUACGGAUCUCAGCUGCGUCUGCCGCCAGUUUCCGAUGGCCGAGGAGGCGCAGGGCCGAGUGACUUUUGACGACGUGGCAGUGUAUUUCUCCCGGGAGGAGUGGGGGCUCCUUGAUUCGACCCAGAGGGGCCUGUACCAUGAUGUGAUGCUGGAGAACUUCACGCUCGUCGGCUCGCUGGUGACUGACUCUUCUGUCUCAGGUUGUCUCUGUAGACUGCAGGAUAAGGAAGCCCCUCCCCAGCAGAGGAAGAGCUGCAGAGUCCUCUUACCAGAGAAGCCCGUUCUGUGCAGGGCAUCUGGGAAAGCCAUUUCUGCCACUUUGAGCUUCCUCCAGCCCCAGACCACCCACAGAGAGGGGAAUCCAUGCAGGAGCACCAAGUGCAGGGGGACCUUCCCACCCACCUCCUCUUGCCAGCAACAGCAGGGAGGCCAUGCCACAGAGAAGCCCUUCAAGUGCAGCAGCUGCGGGCAAGCCUUCCUGAAGGCCUUUGCGCUCCUCGACCACCUGAUAACCCACUCUAAAGACAGACCCUUCAGGUGCCCACCAGAUGGAAAUGCUUCCAAGGAGAGCUCAAGCCUGGUUCAUCACCAAAAAAUUCACACUGGAGAAUCAUCCCAUGUGUGUAGUGAGUGUGGGAAGGCCUUCACUUACCCAUCUAAACUGAGGAAACACCAGAAGGUCCACACUGGCAUAAAACCUUUCGAGUGCGGUGAGUGUGGAAAAACCUUCAACCGCAAAGACGCACUUGUUCUGCAUCAGAGAAUUCACACUGGAGAAAGGCCUUAUGAGUGCAGCGAGUGUGGAAAAUCCUUCAGCGUUCUGUCUACCCUCAUUCGGCACCGGAAAGUUCACAUUGGUGAAAGGCCCUAUGAGUGCAGGGAAUGUGGAAAGUUCUUCAAAUACAACCAUAGCUUCAUGCUUCACCAGAGAGUUCACACUGGAGAAAGGCCUUAUGAGUGCAAGCAAUGCGCAAAAACGUAUGUGACCCGCUCUGGCCUGUAUCAGCACUGGAAAGUCCACACUGGCGAACGUCCCUAUGCGUGCAGCCUGUGUGGGAAGACCUUCACUACAAGGUCCUACCGUAAUAGGCACCAGCAGUUCCACACUGAGGAGAGGUCCUAUGAAUGUACCGAAUGUGGGAAAGUCUUCAAACAUAGUUCUACCCUCCUUCAGCACAAGAAAGUCCACAUUGGAGAACGGUCAUAGGACGGGGAUGUGGGAAAGCCUUCAGGCAUGCCUGGCACCUUGUUCGGCAUGGAAGUUCUCACUGUGGAAAGGAGAUUGAGGAGAUGAGCAAUUUGAAAGCUAAACGUGGCACACCUCAACACCCCCCAGGUAUGUGGGAGCUGUCAGGAAGUAGGCUGCACUUUGGCCUGCCCUGGCGGUUGGCAGUAGAGUCAGUGCCAGUUUCUGGGACAGAUGCCAUCCCACUUUGCCUCAGGCAUCCUGGUGUGCUUGGGCAAGUUCACCGCUGUGCUCCCUACAUGAUACAGGAAGGCAUCAUUAGUGGUGGAGCCCAUGAUGGUCUUACUUCUUCCCCUCAACUGGUUUAGGUGUGGACAUGACCUAGUUCUGGCCAAGGGUAGUUGAGCAGUGUUUGCUGGGUGCUUCCAGGGAAGGUUAACCGUUUUCAUGGACACUGUUGACAAUACAUAUGGUAUCUGUCAUGCAUUUAUCCAGCCCUGGAGCUGUCUCAUGCUGCUCUGGCAUGUCUGGUAAUAAAGGCCUUUUUGUUUAAGCCACCCUUAA